AAUUUUGAUUCAAUUGGAUCUAUGUGAUAUUUCAAAAUUAGUCGUCAGUGGUCCUGCAUAAUUGGUACUGUACAAAGUACAUCGAAAUACUUAAAUACGAUUGUGUAGUUAAAGUGCUUCCCAUCUCUUAAAUAUGGAAAAGAUGCAUUAUCUUUUCAUAUAUCUUUCCUGUUUGUUAACGUUUGCUAAUGCAAACGACAUACUAAGGAUCCCUAUGUACAAGACUCAAACAAUACGAUCACAACUGAAAGAAUAUGAUACCGAAUGGCACCAAGUUCAUCUUUUGAAUGGCGGAUUAAUGCCGGAACCAUUAUCUAAUUAUCUUGAUGCACAAUAUUAUGGUAUUAUUAGUAUCGGUUCGCCACCGCAAAAUUUCAGCGUAGUUUUUGAUACAGGCUCCUCAAAUUUAUGGGUACCAUCCAAAAAGUGCCACCUAACGAAUAUUGCUUGUCUUCUUCAUCAUAAAUACGAUAGUAAAAAAUCGUCUACAUAUAUAAAGAACGGCACAGAGUUUGCAAUACGAUAUGGAUCUGGUAGUCUUUCUGGAUUCUUAUCUGUCGAUACAGUAUCUAUUGCAGGAGGAGAGGUCAAAAAUCAAAUGUUUGCUGAAGCUAUGAGUGAACCUGGACUUGCCUUUGUUGCAGCUAAAUUUGAUGGAAUAUUAGGAAUGGCAUAUUCUAAAAUAGCUGUAGACGGUGUAACGCCUGUUUUUUAUAAUAUGGUUAAACAAGGCAUAAUAUCCCAGGCCAUUUUUAGUUUCUACUUAAAUAGAGAUCCUUCGGCACCGAUAGGCGGAGAAAUGAUAUUGGGAGGCUCAGAUCCAAAUCAUUAUGAAGGUGAUUUCACAUAUGUUCCUGUAGAUCGUAAAGCAUAUUGGCAAUUUAGAAUGGAUAGAGUUGAAGUUGGUGAUAGCGUAUUUUGUGCAAAUGGUUGUGAAGCUAUUGCAGAUACAGGUACAUCAUUAAUAGCAGGACCAGUAAAAGAAAUUCAGGCAAUAAAUAAACAAAUUGGCGCCACACCCAUUGUAGCAGGAGAAGCAAUGGUCGACUGCAAUUCUAUCGAACAAUUGCCUGAGAUUAAAUUUGUACUUGGUGGACAUACCUUUUCCUUGACUGGUAAUGAUUAUGUUUUAAAGGUUACACAAUUUGGUAAGACUGUUUGUCUGAGUGGGUUUAUGGGUAUGGAUAUUCCUCCACCUAAUGGACCAUUAUGGAUUCUUGGUGAUGUAUUUAUUGGACGUUAUUAUACUGAAUUCGAUAUGGAAAAUAAUCGUAUAGGAUUCGCAGUUGCUAAAUAAAUACAACGAAAAAUACUAAUCAUAAUGCACUAACAUCACAUGUGUACAUUAGUAAAUUUUGAAAGCGAUAAAAACGUUUUACUCAAUAUAAAAGAAAUAAUCCAUGAAAUAAGCGUUUAAAUUGUAUAAAAUGCAUAUGAAUAUUA